AUGUAUGCAGGUAACCAUGACUACGUUCUGCCAGGGCUGCACUCUCGACAGCUUGCUGGCUCCCACAAUCAGGGCAGCUGGAAGACAGGAGUAGGGACAGAGCUAUUGAACAGAGCCAAGGGACAAGAGGAGGAGGGCUUUAACAUCAAGGUAAGAGACCGUUUCUCUUGGUGUAUUUACUCACUAAGUAUUCUGGUUUCUGGUGUGUUAUGUAAGUAUAUUGAAAAUGGUCAAUUGCCAUUCUAAAGUAUUAGUUACUUCUUUGUGUGCAGCAAACAUUUGUUAUGUGUCCACAUUUGUUUUCUCCUUAGAGAAUGUUAUUUCAAAUUCUAUCUGACUGCGACACAAACACAAGGCAUUUGGAGGCCAGUCAGUGGUGUUAUAAUUAACUGCACUGCAUUGUUAAAGAUUGGGUGUGAACUCUAAGCAGAACAAACAAACACUGGAAAAGUCAAGGCAUGUUUUCCUUUCCACGAAUAGUAGUAAUAAUAGCAAACUACAAGCUGCCACUAACAUGAGACUCAAUCAAUCAAUCCAUGUCCCUUUUUUUCCAUCCUUCUGGCCAGAGCCAGUGGAUACAGUCUGUGCAGAUGGACUUGGCCCAGAUAAGGGGGGGUGAGGGCAGCGGCCUCUCCCCCAUGGAAGGCGGCGAUGACUGGGGUGGUGAGUUAGGAGGGCUGGGUGUUAAACCCUCCAGACAUUCACUCAUCCCUCUCGGAGACUCUUGUCCACUCGCCCUCGCCGAUCUGAACAUGUGGGACAGCAGGUCUCACUUUAAAUCUCAGGUAAGGAACGAUUUGUGAUUAUACGUUGGUGACUUAUAAUUUUGUGUUAUAAAUUAAUUAAUUUAGAUCACGGUGAGGCAUUUUGAGUGAUAUUUUUUGUUGUGUUAGUCCGCAGCGUGGAGUAUGGCAACUAUGACUGGAGGUUUCCUGUCCAAAAUAAGCACCAGGUGAGAGCAGAAACUUUUUGUAGCCUUAGAAUGACUUGGUGGCUUUUGUUUUCAAAGGAAUGUGAUAAAGUUAGUUUUUAAACCCCCUUAGGUUGUACUUUAUUUAGGCUGCACCUUGACUCUAGGUUGGUCUUUUCCUACAGGUAGGUUUAUUCAAGCAUCUUAUAUAUUUUAUAUUGAAGACAUCUGUUUCAUGUGUCCUAGCACCUCUGGUAAUGGCAGAGAUGGUGGUUUCAACAGACAGAGUGACCCAGGGAUGGGUAAAAGAAGAUGGCAGUCGAUGUCUCGCCUGGCCCCUGAGUGCACCCCCCGGUCCCUCGCCCCUGUCUCCCCAGGGGCUGAGCUGAGAGCAGCCCUGGAAGAGAGUGGCUUCAGGUAUAAGUCUUUUAUAAUGCAAUAUAAUUAUAAGGCAUUGUAAAUAUUAUGGAUAAAUAUAAGGUAUUUGUGUUAUCUUAUUAUAAAGGUACUACUUAGGGAGACAUAGAAUGUUACAAGCCUUAUAAUAAAAAGGUAUUAUAAAGGCUCAUAUAUACUUUAUAACCUGUAAUAAAGCAUUGUAUCUGCAGGCGGACAGAGCUGGUGCAGAGGCUGCGGGAGGCCCACGGGCGUCUGGACAGCCAGACAGACCUACUGAAGAACAGAGACACACAGCUGCUGCACAGCAGUAGUUCUGCACAGCUGCUGGAGAUGAAACACAAGGUAAGGGAAGGAUCUCUGGGCUUAAAAAGAGAGAUGUACUGUGGUUGUAUGAUUCAGAAAGUCUAUCUGGCUUUAAUGGUCAUAUGUACUCUUAACUUCUACCCAGUACAGCCAGGGGAUGAGUCUCCUCUCUGAAUCUGAGUCAACCUCUCAAGGUUUCUUCCUUCUUGGGAGUUUUUCCUCACAAUUGUACCUGUACUUGCUUUUUGGGGUCUAGACCAGGCUUUGUUUAGUCUUUGGGGUUCAGGCCAGGCUUUGUCUAGUCUUUGGGGUUCAGGUCAGGUUUUGUCUGGUCUUUGGGGUUCAGGCCAGGUUUUGUCUGGUCUUUGGGGUUCAGGCCAGGUUUUGUCUGGUCUUUGGGGUUCAGGCCAGGUUUUGUCUGGUCUCUGGGGUUCAGGCCAGGUUUUGUCUGGUCUCUGUGUCCCAGCCUCACCCCUCAACCCGUUUGUCCCAUAGCACCUGGCAGAUGCAGUGAGUGCUCUUGAGCAGGAGAAGGAGGCAGCUGAGUUGAGCCGGUUUGAGGAGAGCCGACGUCGAGGAGAACUGCAAGACAAGUGAGUACGAUGACUAAGCUGCUCACUCAUGGCAUUGAAUGAGUUAAUGCCCUUCACAAAUCCCAAUGUAGAUAAAUGGGACAACUAUUCACCAUGCAGGGUAGGAGUCAAUUCCAUUUCAAUUCAGUCAUUUCAGGAAGAAAAUAUACAUUCCAAUUUCACUUGCUAUUCACCUCAGUUUUCAAACCUGAUAUAAAAAAAAUCCCAAAGAGACGUUAGUGAAUUCCAUUUAUAUGUACAUUUGAAGGGUCCUUCAGCUGGAGAUGGACAUGUUGAAGAUGAGAUCGUCUCUUGAGAGAGGGAGUGUUAUCAAACCUGCGGCCCCAAGAACUAACAACAACCCACUGAGCAGGACCUUGCCUGUUACACAAGAAGACUUCUACAGAGAGGUACACUGUUAAACCUCAUUGUACAAAACUCUUUCAUCCUUGAUCUGUUUGUGCAAGUCCUCUGAUUGUUGUUAUAACGACCAUAAGAGUUGAUACAGCACAAACAGAUCUUGGACCAGGUUACUUCUGCAUAGCCUUGUUUAGAGUAAAAACCCCACUUGGAUUCUAUAUGGUUACACUUUAAGCAGCAUUACAUCCAUGUGGAUGAUUUUGAAGUGUGUCUGUGUGUCCAUGUGUCCAUGUGUCCAUGCAGGGGAAGCAGAAGGCAGAGAGAGAGCUGUCCAGAAUGAGAGAGGCCCUCGGAGAGGCUGAGGAGAGAGCAGAGGCCCUGGAGACAGAGAGAGACCAGGCGCUUCAGCAGCUGCACACCUCUAAAGAGGUCAGUCCAACACUAGCCUGGUCUAAUAUAGUCUGUGUCCCAAAUUGCACCCUAUUCCCUGUAGCGUCCACAACUUUUGACCAAGGAUCAAAUGGCCUAGUCUGUCUGUGUAGUCUUGCCAACUCCUAUGUUCAUCGUUGACCAUGAACAGGCAGCUUUUAAAUCACUGAUGUACAAUAGGAGAAAAAGAGGUCAGAGGUCACUUCCUUGCAGUACUCCACAGUUCAUACAGACACUUCUGUUCCUAUUCAUCUUUGUAUUUCUCCCAUUCUGUGUCUCCAGCUCUUUUCACCUACCUUCCUCUCCCUACCUCCCAUUCUGUGUAUCCAGGCUCAGAGGACAUUGUUGAGCCAGACAGAGGAUGUGAACCAGAAACUGGGUCGUUCCUUGCAGGACCGGCUGAGUGAGCUGCAGGACCAGCUGAGUGAGGCACGCAGUAAGCUGGGUCAGGCCGCUCUGGUGAGUGGCAGGGUUUGGGGUCAAUUCCAAUUUCAAUUCAGUCAAUUCAGGAAAACCCUUAUUCAUCACUCAAAGGGACAAUACAGCAUUAACCCUAGCCUUGGACUAUAAAGCGUGGACGUUCUUUUAAAUCCAGGACUGAGCUUAAUCAGUGUCUGGGAAACCAACUCAAAGUCCUCUUUCACUUCACUAACUGUUCCUAACCACCCUCUCUGUGGUGCAGGAGAGGGACCUUCUGACCACCAAGGUGUUGCGGCUGGAGGACAGUGUGGAGGACCUGAAGUUCAAGCUGACCGGGGCCAUGUCUGACAAGGACCGCUUACUGCAGGUCUCCAUCCCUCCUCGGUCUUUACUAGCUCAACACUGUGGCCCCAAUCCUAACUUCACAUCCAUGCAUGAUGAGUUAUCGUGCAAAUCUCCCAUUAACUUCAAGGCAUGAUCGUGAUCGUCGAGUUAAGGGCAUGCAUCUCGAGUAUAAUGAUGCAAAAGAAAAAAGAAAAAAAAAAGUAUUUGUGCAUAGAUUGGUUUUUGUCUUGAUGAAUACAUGCGCAUGUUCUGUCAUGUAUGCUGUGCAGGAGAAGUCAGACCUGCACCAGCACGCUCAGGGUCUGGUGCUGCAGUUGGAGAGAGCCCAGAGGGGCAGGGAGGGCUACACAGACCAGGUGUGUGAGCUCAGCGACCAGCUGGCUGAGGCCAAGGCCCACACCAACAGGCAGGGGCAGGAGACUGUGCAGAUGAAGCAGGAGCUUCUGACUGUGACAGAGGUGGGAUUGUUUGAAGGAACUUGGUUUGCUUAUGGACUGUGACGUAGCGGGUUUCAAAAAUCCGGGAAAUUUUGAAAAGGGGAAACUUUCUAUGAACAAUUUUCUGAAACUUUCCAUAUAUAUUUACCACAACAAUUCACCAUUUUUUCUAAUCCUAGUGGUGUACCUGUUGGUUCCAAUUGUUGAGCUGCAUUUUUGUACUCUGUGACUGAAUUGCCUACCUGCCUAGGUGGUCCAUAUCCUGUCUGAAUGUUUAACCAUAUCUAUAUCUUUGACAUGGUAUUGGACAGAUGAAUGAAAGGAUGACAUCAGAGCUGGAGAUGGUCAGACAGAGGCUGGAGUCCUCAUUGGCUCAGCUGCAUGAGCUGGGGGCAGAGAGAGUCAUCCACACCAAUCAGAUCGCAGCUCUGGAGACGGAGCGCUCGCAGCUGAUUGGAGAGAAGGAGGAGUUGAUGAGUGCUAUUGGACGGGAUGGAAGACAGGAGGAGGAAGUGACAGAGCUGAGGGAGAGAUGUGAUCAGCUCAGGUGAGAGGAAUAACAGACUGCAGAUGUACAUUUGGAGAUCACCACUUGGUACCAUACCCUUAAGCCCAAAUCAACCCCUAACGCCUAGGUCCUAGAUGACAAUUUCACCAGAGGGCAAGAGAGAGCUACUACUAUACUGCUUUACACCUAGGGCUGUUGCGGUGACCGUAGUACCGCCACACUGGCAGUCAUGAGUCAUGACCGCAGUAAAAUGUCACGUGACUGUUGAGUCGCGGUAAUCUACUCUUAUGCACUCGCGACAUGCGUUGGUAGUACAGUGGGGGAAAAAAGUAUUUAGUCAGCCACCAAUUGUGCAAGUUCUCCCACUUAAAAAGAUGAGAGAGGCCUGUACUUUUCAUCAUAGGUACACGUCAACUAUGACAGACAAAAUGAGAAAAAAAAAUCCAGAAAAUCACAUUGUAGGAUUUUUUAUGAAUUUAUUUGCAAAUUAUGGUGGAAAAUAAGUAUUUGGUCAAUAACAAAAGUUUCUCAAUACUUUGUUAUAUACCCUUUGUUGGCAAUGACACAGGUCAAACGUUUUCUGUAAGUCUUCACAAGGUUUUCACACACUGUUGCUGGUAUUUUGGCCCAUUCCUCCAUGCAGAUCUCCUCUAGAGCAGUGAUGUUUUGGAGCUGUCGCUGGGCAACACGGACUUUCAACCCCCUCCAAAGAUUCUCUAUGGGGUUGAGAUCUGGAGACUGGCUAGGCCACUCCAGGACCUUGAAAUGCUUCUUACGAAGCCACUCCUUCGUUGCCCGGGCGGUGUGUUUGGGAUCAUUGUCAUGCUGAAAGACCCAGCCACGUUUCAUCUUCAAUGCCCUUGCUGAUGGAAGGAGGUUUUCACUCAAAAUCUCACGAUACAUGGCCCCAUUCAUUCUUUCCUUUACACGGAUCAGUCGUCCUGGUCCCUUUGCAGAAAAACAGCCCCAAAGCAUGAUGUUUCCACCCCAUGCUUCACAGUAGGUAUGGUGUUCUUUGGAUGCAACUCAUCAUUCUUUGUCCUCCAAACACGACGAGUUGAGUUUUUACCAAAAAGUUCUAUUUUGGUUUCAUCUGACCAUAUGACAUUCUCCCAAUCCUCUUCUGGAUCAUCCAAAUGCACUCUAGCAAACUUCAGAUGGGCCUGGACAUGUACUGGCUUAAGCAGGGGGACACGUCUGCACUGCAGGAUUUGAGUCCCUGGCGGCGUAGUGUGUUACUGAUGGUAGGCUUUGUUACUUUGGUCCCAGCUCUCUGCAGGUCAUUCACUAGGUUCCCCCCGUGUGGUUCUGGGAUUUUUGCUCACCGUUCUUGUGAUCAUUUUGACCCCACGGGGUGAGAUCUUGCGUGGAGCCCCAGAUCGAGGGAGAUUAUCAGUGGUCUUGUAUGUCUUCCAUUUCCUAAUAAUUGCUCCCACAGUUGAUUUCUUCAAACCAAGCUGCUUACCAAUUGCAGAUUCAGUCUUCCCAGCCUGGUGCAGGUCUACAAUUUUGUUUCUGGUGUCCUUUGACAGCUCUUUGGUCUUGGCCAUAGUGGAGUUUGGAGUGUGACUGUUUGAGGUUGUGGACAGGUGUCUUUUAUACUGAUAACAAGUUCAAACAGGUGCCAUUAAUACAGGUAACGAGUGGAGGACAGAGGAGCCUCUUAAAGAAGAAGUUACAGGUAUGUGAGAGCCAGAAAUCUUUCUUGUUUGUAGGUGACCAAAUACUUAUUUUCCACCAUAAUUUGCAAAUAAAUUCAUUAAAAAUCCUACAAUGUGAUUUUCUGGAUUUCUUUUCUCAAUUUGUCUGUCAUAGUUGACGUGUACCUAUGAUGAAAAUUACAGGCCUCAUCUUUUUAAGUGGGAGUGCUAUUGGGGUGCUACUGUAGUGGUACUGGAGUGCUACUAAAGAUUACGUAUUCUUUCCCUGCCCUUUUGAUUAUUUAGUGUUUUAUUAGGAUCCCCAUUAGCUGUUGCAAAAGCAGCAGCUACUCUUCCUGGGGUCCACACAAAACAUGAAACAUGACAUAAUACAGAACAUUAAUAGACAAGAACAGCUCAAGGACAGAAAUACAUACAUUUUUAAAAAAAAGGCACAUGUAGCCUACAUAUCAAUACAUACACACAAACUAUCUAGGUCAAAUAGGGGAGAGGCCUUGUGCCGUGAGGUGUUGCUUUAUCUGUUUUUUGAAACCAGGUUUGCUGUUUAUUUGAGCAAUAUGAGAUGGAACGGAGUGGACAAUAAUCAAGAUUAGACUAAACUAGAGCCUGCAGGACUUGCUUUUUGGAGUGUGGUGUCAAAAAAGCAGAGCAUCUCUUUAUUACGGACAGACUUCUCCCCAUCUUUACAACCAUUGAAUCUAUAUGUUUUGACCAUGAUAGUUUACAAUCUAAGGUAACACCAAGUAAUUUAGUCUCCUCAACUUGUUCAACAGCCACACCAUUCAUUACCAGAUUCAGCUGAGGUCUAGAACUUAGGGAAUUAUUUGUACCAAAUACAAUGCUCUUAGUUUUAGAAAUGUUCAGGACCAGUUUAUUAGUGGCCACCCAUUCCAAAACAGACUGCAACUCUUUGUUAAGGGUUUCAGUGACUUCAUUAGCUGUGGUUGCUGAUGCGUAUAUGGUUGAAUCAUCAGCAUACAUGGACACACAUGCUUUGUUUAAUGCCAGUGGCAGGUUAUUGGUAAAAAUAGAAAAGAGUAGAGGGCCUAGAGAGCUGCCCUGCGGUACACCACACUUUACAUGUUUGGCAUUAGAGAAGCUUCCAUUAAAGAAAACCCUUUGAGUUCUAUUAGAUAGAUAGCUCUGAAUUCACGAUAUGGCAGAGGUUGAAAAGCCAUAACACAUACGUUUUUUCAACAACAGGUUAUGAUCCAUAAUAUAAAGGCUGCACUGAAAUCUAACAGUACAGCUCCCACAAUCUUCUUAUUAUCAAUUUCUUUCAACCAAUCAUCAGUCAUUUGUGUCAGUGCAGUAUAUGUUGAGUGCCCUUGCCUAUAAGCAUGUUGAAAGUCUGUUGUUAAUUUGUUUACAGAGAAAUAGCAUUGUAUUUGGUCAAACACAAUUUUUUCCAACAGUUUGCUAAGAGCUGGCAGCAAGCUGAUAGGUCUGCUGUUAGAACCAGUGAAGGCUGCUUUACCACUCUUGGGUAGCGGAAUGACUUUCGCUUCCCUCCAGGCCUGAGGACAAAGACUUUCCUCUAGGCUCAGAUUAAAGAUAUGACAGAUAGGAUGGGCCAUUCUAAAUCAAAAUACAUUUUGCAUAAAGAUUCCAUUGAAAUAGUCUGAAAAUAUGAUCACUUGAUGAGAGAACAGCAUGUGCAGACGAAGCAAGGAACUUUGGCCAUAUAUGUUUUGAUUUCUAAGACAUUCUAAGGGUUGUAUCAUUCACAACUAAAGAUGCCAAAUAACUCUACAUCUGGCCUCUAGGACCUGUUUCAAAUGAUAACUUUUACGCUCAGCAUAUCCACUUCAUAUGCGCAUCCGCUCUGGAAUGGGAAAAACAUCCUUUCUAUUUUAUUCAAUUAUAUUCUUCUUACUAUAAAAUCAUAUAAUAUAAAAAAUAAUGGCAUGGGACUUAGAAGCAUAUCUUGUCAGCUAAAUGAACAAGCCUAUAGCCUGUGGCAUGGCGCAAAGCUAGAUAAACAUACAGUAGGCCAACUCAUAUUCUGUUCUUCUGAGAUACAUUUUCUUCAAAUCAUAAUGUUUCUUUAUACCUGCCUAAAAUAAAUAAUGGGUUUAUUGUGAUGGUGUAAAUUGAUUUAUUAUACUUUUUUAAAUGUAGAGGAUCCAAAGGUGCGCAUCAGCGGCUUGUAUGCGUGGAGGGCCUGGAGUUGUUAAACAUGUUUAUGUUAAUUAACGGUCAAUUGCCGUGAGACCGGCAUUCUUUUGCAUGACAAUGACCGGCUGACACAAUUUCAUGACCGCCACAGGCCUAUUUACACCUAUCCAAUCCUCUCAGAUCUACACAAGUGUAUAGUGGGUAGAGGCUUGGGGUUGAUUUGGGUUUCAUAAUGUCUUUGACACUCUUACACAACAACUAUGGACAUGCAUUAAUGACGGGAUUGUCAUCGCUAACAUCAAUAACACCACAUCAUAUCACCAGUGAAUCCCAGGAUGCCUUGGAGUCAGAGAACCAGAGGCUGCAUGAUCGCUGCCUGACCUUGGAGGCGGAGCUCCUGGAAAAGGAGGAGGGUCUGCGUCAUCAGGGGGAGGAGCAUCAGCGGUUGGAGGCUGAGUCGGCUCAGAACAUGGAGCAGCUGAGGGGUGUGGCCGCACACUGGAGCGAGAAGUGGCAGGAUGUGGCUAUGGCGCUACAAUCCACCCAGGCAGAACUAGAUGAACUCAGAGAGAAGAACCCUGGAGAUACAGUAAGAUUUUAUUUAUUUAAUUUUAGACAUUUUAGCAGAACGCUCUUAUCCAGAGCGACUUACAGUUAGUGAGCGCAUAAAUUUUUUCAUACUGGCCCCCCCGCCCGUGGGAAUCGAACCCACAACCCUGGCGUUGCAAGCGCCAUGCUCUACCAACUGAGCUACACGGGGCCAAGAUGAGAUCGUCUCUAACGUACCAUGGCUGUAGAUGUAGUAAAUAAAAAUCAAUCGGUCACUCAAUUGAUCAAGCAAUCACCCUAUUUAAUGUACCAUAGCUGUAGACAGAAUCAAUCCCUUUCUAUGUGAUUCCUUAUUGAUCAUUAGUGUUCUGUAUUGUUGAGAUCUGUGUAGUUGUGAGAUUUGUGGCUUCCAGCAUCAAGAGGAGGCGACAGGGCUGAAGGUGGAGGUCGAGAGACUUCAGACAGAGGGGCAGAGAGACAAGUGAGUGUGGAACUAUCAUGGGCAUUUCGAUUAGACCAAUUAUGAAUCCCAGACAUUUCAAAUGUCUAUAACUGACCAUUACAUGAAUGUGUUCUUCCUUCAGGGAAGAGAUUCAGACUCUUCACCUGCACUGGGCCAGUACAGAGGCAGAGUUGAGCAGAGUCAGAAAAGAUGCUGGUUCUCUGCUGAAGGUGGAGCUGGAUGCGUGUAAACAACAGGUGGAGCUGGAGAGGAGCAGGAGUCAAGCUCUGCACAAAAGACUCAAAGGUAAAAGGCAAUCAUAUCUUGGGUUAAAAUGUUGAUUCAUUCAUUAAUUUAUUCAGCAAUUCAUUUAUUCAUUAAUUAAUUCAAGGGGAAUAGAGCAGGGAUCGGCAACCCUGUCCUGGAGUGCCGCAGGUACUUCAUGCUUUUGAUUUAACCGACCUGGAAGGCCAGGUGCGUUGAAUUUAGGCAAUCACACCGAAAUGAUCAAUUAACUACGUUUCUCAGUGUGGUGCCUAGUUGGGACAGAAUCCUGCAGUAUCGGCGGCACUCCAGGAACAGGGUUGCCUACAACCUGGAAUAGAGUGACAGUCUAUCAGUCUGUGGUGCCGUUGGUGCAGUGCGGAAGACACGGCGGGUUGACAAACUACCUUUUACACUGUUAUCCUCUGCAGGUGGGGAAGCGGUGCAAACUUCUGAUAAAGGAACAGAGACAGAGUGAGUAUGAUCUGAUUCUUCAGUUAAAUAUAUAAUAAUGUGGUAUUUCCUAUGGACGUAGAACCAGGACUACUUGCACGAGCAUAGUCAUGUAUGCAUUCUGAUGAAUCCAAAUGUUGUCUGUCUUUCUGUCCGUCUGUCUCAGGAUUCUGAAUGCACUAUAAUACAUCUUGAUUUACCCAUUACACAGAGACAAAGAAACAUGUUCAUUUUUUUGUCUGUCAUAGUAUACCACCACAGACACAGGCUGCACAGGUGACCCUGGAGGAGGUGGAUGGGGAACUGGGCCAGGUGAGGGCAAAGCUGCAGAAGGUGUCCCUGGAGGAGGUGGAUGGGGGCCAGGUGAGGGUAGAGUUACAGAAGGUGUCCCUGGAGGAGGUGGAUGGGGGCCAGGUGAGGGCAAAGCUGCAGAAGGUGUCCCUGGAGGAGGUGGAUGGGGGCCAGGUGAGGGCAAAGCUACAGAAGGUGUCCCUGGAGGAGGUGGAUGGGGGCCAGGUGAGGGCAAAGUUACAGAUGGUGUCCCUGGAGGAGGUGGAUGGGGGCCAGGUGAGGGCAAAGCUACAGAAGGUGUCCCUGGAGGAGGUGGAUCGGGGCCAGGUGAGGGUAGAGUUACAGAAGAUGUCCCUGGAGGAGGUGGAUGGGGGCCAGGUGAGGGCAAAGCUACAGAAGGUGUCCCUGGAGGAGGUGGAUGGGGGCCAGGUGAGGGCAAAGUUACAGAUGGUGUCCCUGGAGGAGGUGGAUGGGGGCCAGGUGAGGGCAAAGCUACAGAAGGUGUCCCUGGAGGAGGUGGAUGGGGGCCAGGUGAGGGUAGAGUUACAGAAGAUGUCCCUGGAGGAGGUGGAUGGGGGCCAGGUGAGGGCAAAGCUACAGAAGGUGUCCCUGGAGGAGGUAGAUGGGGAACUGGGCCAGGUGAGGGCAAAGCUACAGAUGGUGUCCCUGGAGGAGGUGGAUGGGGGCCAGGUGAGGGUAGAGUUACAGAAGAUGUCCCUGGAGGAGGUGGAUGGGGGCCAGGUGAGGGCAAAGCUACAGAAGGUGUCCCUGGAGGAGGUGGAUCGGGGCCAGGUGAGGGUAGAGUUACAGAAGGUGUCCCUGAAGGAGGUGGAUGGGGGCCAGGUGAGGGCAAAGCUACAGAAGGUGUCCCUGGAGGAGGUGGAUGGGGGCCAGGUGAGGGCAAAGCUACAGAAGGUGUCCCUGGAGGAGGUGGAUGGGGGCCAGGUGAGGGCAAAGCUACAGAUGGUGUCCCUGGAGGAGGUGGAUGGGGGCCAGGUGAGGGUAGAGUUACAGAAGAUGUCCCUGGAGGAGGUGGAUCGGGGCCAGGUGAGGGCAAAGCUACAGAAGGUGUCCCUGGAGGAGGUGGAUCGGGGCCAGGUGAGGGCAAAGCUACAGAAGGUGUCCCUGGAGGAGGUGGAUGGGGGCCAGGUGAGGGUAGAGUUACAGAAGGUGUCCCUGGAGGAGGUGGAUCGGGGCCAGGUGAGGGUAGAGUUACAGAAGGUGUCCCUGGAGGAGGUGGAUGGGGGCCUGGUGAGGGUAGAGUUACAGAAGGUGUCCCUGGAGGAGGUGGAUCGGGGCCAGGUGAGGGCAAAGCUACAGAAGGUGUCCCUGGAGGAGGUAGAUGGGGAACUGGGCCAGGUGAGGGCAAAGCUACAGAUGGUGUCCCUGGAGGAGGUGGAUGGGGGCCAGGUGAGGGUAGAGUUACAGAAGGUGUCCCUGGAGGAGGUGGAUCGGGGCCAGGUGAGGGAAAAGCUACAGAUGGUGUCCCUGGAGGAGGUGGAUGGGGGCCAGGUGAGGGUAGAGUUACAGAAGGUGUCCCUGGAGGAGGUGGAUGGGGAACUGGGCCAGGUGAGGGAAAAGCUACAGAUGGUGUCCCUGGAGGAGGUGGAUGGGGGCCAGGUGAGGGUAGAGUUACAGAAGGUGUCCCUGGAGGAGGUGGAACGGGGGCCAGGUGAGGGCAAAGCUACAGAAGGUGUCCCUAGAGGAGGUGGAUGGGGGCCAGGUGAGGGCAAAGGUACAGAAGGUGUCCCUGGAGGAGGUGGAACGGGGGCCAGGUGAGGGCAAAGCUACAGAAGGUGUCCCUAGAGGAGGUGGAUGGGGGCCAGGUGAGGGUAGAGUUACAGAAGGUGUCCCUGGAGGAGGUGGAUCAGGGCCUGGUGAGGACAAAGCUACAGAAGGUGUCCCUGGAGGAGGUGGAUGGGGGCCAGGUGAGGGCAAAGCUACAGAAGGUGUCCCUGGAGGAGGUGGAUGGGGGCCAGGUGAGGGCAAAGUUACAGAAGGUGUCCCUGGAGGAGGUGGAUGGGGGCCAGGUGAGGGUAGAGUUACAGAAGGUGUCCCUGGAGGAGGUGGAUGGGGAACUGGGCCAGGUGAGGGAAAAGCUACAGAUGGUGUCCCUGGAGGAGGUGGAUGGGGGCCAGGUGAGGGUAGAGUUACAGAAGGUGUCCCUGCAGGAGGUGGAUGGGGGCCAGGUGAGGGCAAAGCUACAGAAGGUGUCCCUGGAGGAGGUGGAUGGGGGCCAGGUGAGGGUAGAGUUACAGAAGGUGUCCCUGGAGGAGGUGGAUGGGGGCCAGGUGAGGGUAGAGUUACAGAAGGUGUCCCUGGAGGAGGUGGAUCGGGGCCAGGUGAGGGCAAAGCUACAGAAGGUGUCCCUGGAGGAGGUGGAUCGGGGCCAGGUGAGGGUAGAGUUACAGAAGGUGUCCCUGGAGGAGGUGGAUCAGGGCCAGGUGAGGGUAGAGUUACAGAAGGAGUGGGACAUGCUGAGGGACAGAGACACUGAACUGGAGGAGUAGCAACAUGAGCUACAGUCAGCCAGGGGACAGGUGGGGUUAUCAGUCCAUCAGUCAAUCAAUCAAUUAAACAAUCAGUCAAUUUGUUCAUGUGUUUCCCCAUUCUGCACAUCCUGACUGUCAUGAGGUGUCACAGCAAAAUAAUGAAGUUCAGAAGCUGGAGCUGAAAGUGGCGGAGAGAGAGCAGCAGCUGAGGGAGACGUACGUGAGCCUUACCUGUAACAUGGACAUUUGGAAAUGAACAGUAUCUCUCACAGCUGAUCCAAAGAUGACACAUGAUGAGAGAAUGUUGUCUGAUGUGUCAUUGUCCUGUUGCAGGGAGCACGCUCUGAGGAGUCUGGAAAGACUGAGAGAUGCCGAGAGGACAGAGGCACAAAUCAAGGUUUCUACACUGGAGUUGAAGGUAUUGAAGGGCUCUUAUCACUUCUCAGAGGAAUUACCGUAUAUCUUUGAUGUUUUGUCCAUUAUGAAAGAUACCUCCCCCUUUCUCUCUCUUUUGCUUUUUCUAUCUUUCUUUCUUUCUCCCCCUCCCUCUCUCUCAUUGCCACAGCUGGUUAAGCUAAAGGAGCAGGCCGGCGGAGGUCUAUGUAGUGGAGGCCAAGAAAAAGCGCAGCACACUGACUCACUGAGGGAUAAGCUAGAGGGUAGGCGUUUCUAUGGAAAGAGCAGGAGGGCAGAAGAAGCCACUGGAGUCAUUGCACUUACCAUUGAACUUCCAAACACGCUCACACACACGCUCUGUCUUGCUCACAGAGAGCAGGAGUAGAGCCAAUCAGCUGCAACAGGAGAGAGACCAGGCAGUUCAGAGGCUACAGACUCUACGCCAGCUACAUCAGGUAGACUAUACAUAUAGACAGUGUUCCAUCAAUAGACUAUACAUAUAGACAGUGUUCCAUCAAUAGACUAUACAUAUAGACAGUGUUCCAUCAAUAGACUAUACAUAUAGACAGUGUUCCAUCAGGUAGACUAUACAUAUAGACAGUGUUCCAUCAAUAGACUAUACAUAUAGACAGUGUUCCAUCAAUAGACUAUACAUAUAGACAGUGUUCCAUCAAUAGACUAUACAUAUAGACAGUGUUCCAUCAGGUAGACUAUACAUAUAGACAGUGUUCCAUCAAUAGACUAUACAUAUAGACAAUGUUCCAUCAAUAGACUAUACAUAUAGACAGUGUUCCAUCAGGUAGACUAUACGUAUAGACAGUGUUCCAUCAGGUAGACUAUACGUAUAGACAGUGUUCCAUCAGAUAGACUAUACAUAUAGACAGUGUUCCAUCUGAUAGGUAGGUUAUACAUAUAGACAGUGUUCCAUCAAGUGGAUUAUACAUAUAGACAGUGUUCCAUCAGGUAGAUUAUACAUAUAGAUAGUGUUCCAUCAGGUAGACUAUACAUAUAGACAGUGUUCCAUCAGGUAGACUAUACAUAUAGACAGUGUUCCAUCAGAUAGGUAGACUAUACAUAUAGACAGUGUUCCAUCAGGUAGACUAUACAUAUAGACAGUGUUCCAUCAAUAGACUAUACAUAUAGACAGUGUUCCAUCAAUAGACUAUACAUAUAGACAGUGUUCCAUCAAUAGACUAUACAUAUAGACAGUGUUCCAUCAAUAGACUAUACGUAUAGACAGUGUUCCAUCAAUAGACUAUACAUAUAGACAGUGUUCCAUCAGGUAGACUAUACGUAUAGACAGUGUUCCAUCAGGUAGACUAUACGUAUAGACAGUGUUCCAUCAGAUAGACUAUACAUAUAGACAGUGUUCCAUCUGAUAGGUAGGUUAUACAUAUAUACAGUGUUCCAUCAAGUGGAUUAUACAUAUAGACAGUGUUCCAUCAGGUAGAUUAUACAUAUAGAUAGUGUUCCAUCAGGUAGACUAUACAUAUAGACAGUGUUCCAUCAGGUAGACUAUACAUAUAGACAGUGUUCCAUCAGAUAGGUAGACUAUACAUAUAGACAGUGUUCCAUCAGGUAGACUAUACAUAUAGACAGUGUUCCAUCAGGUAGACUAUACAUAUAGACAGUGUUCCAUCAGAUAGGUAGGUUAUACAUAUAGACAGUGUUCCAUCAGGUAGACUAUACAUAUAGACAGUGUUCCAUCAGGUAGACUAUACAUAUAGACAGUGUUCCAUCAGAUAUGUAGGUUAUACAUAUAGACAGUGUUCCAUCAGAUAGGUAGGUUAUACAUAUAGACAGUGUUCCAUCAGGUAGACUAUACAUAUAGACAGUGUUCCAUCAGAUAGGUAGGUUAUACAUAUAGACAGUGUUCCAUCAGAUAUAUAUACAGAUAUAUACUCCUGAGUGGCGCAGUGGUCUAAGGCACUGCAUCGCAGUGCUAACUGUGCCACUAGAUCCUGGUUCGAAUCCAGGCUCUGUCGCAGCCGGCCGCGACCGGGAGACUCAUGGGCGGCGCACAAUUGGCCCAGCGUCGUCCAGGGUAGGGGAGGGAAUGGCCGUCAGGGAUGUAGCUCAGUUGAUAGAGCAUGGCGUUUGCAACGCCAGGGUUGUGGGUUCGUUUCCCACGGGGGCCAGUAUAUAAAAAAAAAAAUGUAUUCACUAACUGUAAGUCGCUCUGGAUAAGAGCGUCUGCUAAAUGACUAAAAUGUAAAUGUAAAUAUAUUAUACAUAUAGAGAGUGUUCCAUCAGAUAGGUAGGUUACACAUAUAGACAGUGUUCCAUCAGAUAGGUAGGUUAUACAUAUAGACAGUAUUCCAUCAGAUAGGUAGGUUAUACAUAUAGACAGUGUUCCAUCAGAUCGGUAGGUUAUACAUAGACAGUGUUCCAUCAGGUAGAUUAUACAUAUAGACAGUGUUCCAUCAGAUAGACUAUACAUAUAGACAGUGUUCCAUCAGAUAGGUAGGUUAUACAUAUAGACAGUGUUCCAUCAGAUCGGUAGGUUAUACAUAUAGACAGUAUUCCAUCAGAUCGGUAGGUUAUACAUAGACAGUGUUCCAUCAGGUAGAUUAUACAUAUAGACAGUGUUCCAUCAGAUAGACUAUACAUAUAGACAGUGUUCCAUCAGAUAGGUAGGUUAUACAUAUAGACAGUAUUCCAUCAGAUCGGUAGGUUAUACAUAGACAGUGUUCCAUCAGGUAGAUUAUACAUAUAGACAGUGUUCCAUCAGGUAGACUAUACAUAUAGACAGUGUUCCAUCAGAUAGACUAUACAUAUAGACAGUGUUCCAUCAGAUAGGUAGGUUAUACAUAUAGACAGUGUUCCAUCAGAUAGACUAUACAUAUAGACAGUGUUCCAUCAGGUAGACAAUACAUAUAGACAGUGUUCCAUCAGGUAGACUAUACAUAUAGACAGUGUUCCAUCAGAUAGACUAUACAUAUAGACAGUGUUCCAUCAGGUAGACAUAGACAGUGUUCCAUCAGGUAGACUAUACAUAUAGACAGUGUUCCAUCAGAUAGACUAUACAUAUAAACAGUGUUCCAUCAGAUAGGUAGGUUAUACAUAUAGACAUUGUUCCAUAAGAUAGGUGGGUUAUACAUAUAGACAGUGUUCCAUCAGGUAGACAUAGACAGUGUUCCAUCAGGUAGACUAUACAUAUAGACAGUGUUCCAUCAGAUAGACUAUACAUAUAAACAGUGUUCCAUCAGAUAGGUAGGUUAUACAUAUAGACAUUGUUCCAUAAGACAGGUGGGUUAUACAUAUAGACAGUGUUCCAUCAGGUAGAUUAUACAUAUAGACAGUGUUCCAUCAAGUGGAUUAUACAUAUAGACAUUGUUCCAUCAGAUAGACUAUACAUAUAGACAGUGUUCCAUCUGAUAGGUAGGUUAUACAUAUAGACAGUGUUCCAUCAGAUAGGUAGGUUAUACAUAUAGACAGUGUUCCAUCAAGUGGAUUAAACAUAUAGACAGUGUUCCAUCAGAUAGACUAUACAUAUAGACAGUGUUCCAUCAGAUAGGUAGACUAUACAUAUAGACAGUGUUCCAUCAGAUAGGUAGACUAUACAUAUAGAUAGUGUUCCAUCAGAUAGGUAGACUAUACAUAUAGACAGUGUUCCAUCAGAUAGGUAGGUUAUACAGUGGGGGAAAAAAGUAUUUAGUCAGCCACCAAUUGUGAAAGUUCUCCCACUUAAAAAGAUGAGAGAGGCCUGUAAUUUUCAUCAUAGGUACACGUCAACUAUGACAGACAAACUGAGAAAAAAGAAUCCAGAAAAUCACAUUGUAGGAUUUUUAAUGAAUUUAUUUGCAAAUUAUGGUGGAAAAUAAGUAUUUGGUCAAUAACAAAAGUUUCUCAAUACUUUGUUAUAUACCCUUUGUUGGCAAUGACACAGGUCAAACGUUUUCUGUAAGUCUUCACAAGGUUUUCACACACUGUUGCUGGUAUUUUGGCCCAUUCCUCCAUGCAGAUCUCCUCUAGAGCAGUGAUGUUUUGGGGCUGUCGCUGGGCAACACAGACUUUCAACUCCCUCCAAAGAUUUUCUAUGGGGUUGAGAUCUGGAGACUGGCUAGGCCACUCCAGGACCUUGAAAUGCUUCUUACGAAGCCACUCCUUCGUUGCCCGGGCAGUGUGUUUGGGAUCAUUGUCAUGCUGAAAGACCCAGCCACGUUUCAUCUUCAAUGCCCUUGCUGAUGGAAGGAGGUUUUCACUCAAAAUCUCACGAUACAUGGCCCCAUUCAUUCUUUCCUUUACACGGAUCAGUCGUCCUGGUCCCUUUGCAGAAAAACAGCCCCAAAGCAUGAUGUUUCCAUCCCCAUGCUUCACAGUAGGUAUGGUGUUCUUUGGAUGCAACUCAGCAUUCUUUGUCCUCCAAACACGACGAGUUGAGUUUUUACCAAAAAGUUAUAUUUUGGUUUCAUCUGACCAUAUGACAUUCUCCCAAUCCUCUUCUGGAUCAUCCAAAUGCACUCUAGCAAACUUCAGACGGGCCUGGACAUGUACUGGCUUAAGCAGGGGGACACGUCUUGCACUGCAGGAUUUGAGUCCCUGGCGGCGUAGUGUGUUACUGAUGGUAGGCUUUGUUACUUUGGUCCCAGCUCUCUGCAGGUCAUUCACUAGGUCCCCCCGUGUGGUUCUGGGAUUUUUGCUCACCGUUCUUGUGAUCAUUUUGACCCCACGUGGUGAGAUCUUGCGUGGAGCCCCAGAUCGAGGGAGAUUAUCAGUGGUCUUGUAUGUCUUCCAUUUCCUAAUAAUUGCUCCCACAGUUGAUUUCUUCAAACCAAGCUGCUUACCUAUUGCAGAUUCAGUCUUCCCAGCCUGGUGCAGGUCUACAAUUUUGUUUCUGGUGUCCUUUGACAGCUCUUUGGUCUUGGCCAUAGUGGAGUUUGGAGUGUGACUGUUUGAGGUUGUGGACAGGUGUCCUUUAUACUGAUAACAAGUUCAAACAGGUGCCGUUAAUACAGGUAACGAGUGGAGGACAGAGGAGCCUCUUAAAGAAGAAGUUACAGGUCUGUGAGAGCCAGAAAUGUUGCUUGUUUGUAGGUGACCAAAUACUUAUUUUCCACCAUAAUUUGCAAAUAAAUUCAUAAAAAAUCCUAUAAUGUGAUUUUCGGGAUUUUGUUUUCUCAAUUUGUCUGUCAUAGUUGACGUGUACCUAUGAUGAAAAUUACAGGCCUCUCUCAUCUUUUUAAGUGGGAAAAUAUGCACAAUUGGUGGCUGACUAAAUACUUUUUUUCCCCACUGUACAUAUAGACAGUGUUCCAUCAGAUCGGUAGGUUAUACAUAGACAGUGUUCCAUCAGGUAGAUUAUACAUAUAGACAGUGUUCCAUCAGAUAGACUAUACAUAUAGACAGUGUUCCAUCAGAUAGGUAGGUUAUACAUAUAGACAGUGUUCCAUCAGAUCGGUAGGUUAUACAUAGACAGUGUUCCAUCAGGUAGAUUAUACAUAUAGACAGUGUUCCAUCAGAUAGACUAUACAUAUAGACAGUGUUCCAUCAGUGAGGGUAGGUUAUACAUAUAGACAGUGUUCCAUCAGAUCGGUAGGUUAUACAUAGACAGUGUUCCAUCAGGUAGAUUAUACAUAUAGACAGUAUUCCAUCAGAUAGGUAGGUUAUACAUAUAGACAGUGUUCCAUCAGGUAGACUAUACAUAUAGACAGUGUUCCAUCAGGUAGAUUAUAUAUACAGUGGGGGAAAAAAGUAUUUAGUCAGCCACCAAUUGUGCAAGUUCUCCCACUUAAAAAGAUGAGAGAGGCCUGUAAUUUUCAUCAUAGGUACACGUCAACUAUGACAGACAAAUUGAGAAAAAAAAAUCCAGAAAAUCACAUUGUAGGAUUUUUAAUGAAUUUAUUUGCAAAUUAUGGUGGAAAAUAAGUAUUUGGUCAAUAACAAAAGUUUCUCAAUACUUUGUUAUAUACCCUUUGUUGGCAAUGACACAGGUCAAACGUUUUCUGUAAGUCUUCACAAGGUUUUCACACACUGUUGCUGGUAUUUUGGCCCAUUCCUCCAUGCAGAUCUCCUCUAGAGCAUUGAUGUUUUGGGGCUGUCGCUGGGCAACACGGACUUUCAACUCCCUCCAAAGAUUUUCUAAGGGUUGAGAUCUGGAGACUGGCUAGGCCACUCCAGGACCUUGAAAUACUUCUUACGAAGCCACUCCUUCGUUGCCCGGGCGGUGUGUUUGGGAUCAUUGUCAUGCUGAAAGACCCAGCCACGUUUCAUCUUCAAUGCCCUUGCUGAUGGAAGGAGGUUUUCACUCAAAAUCUCAUGAUACAUGGCCCCAUUCAUUCUUUCCUUUACACGGAUCAGUCAUCCUGGUCCCUUUGCAGAAAAACAGCCCCAAAGCAUGAUGUUUCCACCCCCAUGCUUCACAGUAGGUAUGGUGUUCUUUGGAUGCAACUCAGCAUUCUUUGUUCUCCAAACACGACGAGUUGAGUUUUUACCAAAAAGUUCUAUUUUGGUUUCAUCUGACCAUAUGACAUUCUCCCAAUCCUCUUCUGGAUCAUCCAAAUGCACUCUAGCAAACUUCAGAUGGGCCUGGACAUGUACUGGCUUAAGCAGGGGGACACGUCUUGCACUGCAGGAUUUGAGUCCCUGGCGGCGUAGUGUGUUACUGAUGGUAGGCUUUGUUACUUUGGUCCCAGCUCUCUGCAGGUCAUUCACUAGGUCCCCCCCGUGUGGUUCUGGGAUUCUUGCUCACCGUUCUUGUGAUCAUUUUGACCCCACAGGGUGAGAUCUUGCGUGGAGCCCCAGAUCAACGGAGAUUAUCAGUGGUCUUGUAUGUCUUCCAUUUCCUAAUAAUUGCUCCCACGGUUGAUUUCUUCCAACCAAGCUGCUUACCUAUUGCAGAUUCAGUCUUCCCAGCCUGGUGCAGGUCUACAAUUUUGUUUCUGGUGUCCUUUGACAGCUCUUUGGUCUUGGCCAUAGUGGAGUUUGGAGUGUGACUGUUUGAGGUUGUGGACAGGUGUCUUUUAUACUGAUAACAAGUUCAAACAGGUGCCAUUAAUACAGGUAACGAGUGGAGGACAGAGGAGCCUCUUAAAGAAGAAGUUACAGGUCUGUGAGAGCCAGAAAUGUUGCUUGUUUGUAGGUGACCAAAUACUUAUUUUCCACCAUAAUUUGCAAAUAAAUUCAUUAAAAAUCCUACAAUGUGAUUUUCUGGAUUUUAUUUUCUCAAUUUGUCUGUCAUAGUUGACGUGUACCUAUGAUGAAAACUACAGGCCUCUCUCAUCUUUUUAAGUGGGAGAACUUGCACAAUUGGUUGCUGACUAAAUACUUUUUUUCCCCACUGUAUAGACAGUGUUCCAUCAGGUAGACUAUACAUAUAGACAGUGUUCCAUCAGGUAGACAAUACAUAUAGACAGUGUUCCAUCAGGUAGACUAUACAUAUAGACAGGGUUCCAUCAGAUAGACUAUACAUAUAGACAGUGUUCCAUCAGGUAGACUAUACAUAUAGACAGUGUUCCAUCAAGUGGAUUAUACAUAUAGACAGUGUUCCAUCAAGUGGAUUAUACAUAUAGACAGUGUUCCAUCAGGUAGACUAUACAUAUAGACAGUGUUCCAUCAGAUAGGUAGGUUAUACAUAUAGACAGUGUUCCAUCAGGUAGAUUAUACAUAUAGACAGUGUUCCAUCAAAUGGAUUAUACAUAUAGACAGUGUUCCAUCAGAUAGACUAUACAUAUAGAUGGUGUUCCAUCAAGUGGAUUAUACAUAUAGACAGUGUUCCAUCAGGUAGACUAUACAUAUAGACAGUGUUCCAUCAGGUAGACUAUACAUAUAGACAGUGUUCCAUCAGAUAGGUAGGUUAUACAUAUAGACAGUGUUCCAUCAGAUAGACUAUACAUAUAGACAGUGUUCCAUCAAGUGGAUUAUACAUAUAGACAGUGUUCCAUCAGAUAGACUAUACAUAUAGACGGUGUUCCAUCAAGUGGAUUAUACAUAUAGACAGUGUUCCAUCAGAUAGAUUAUACAUAUAGACAGUGUUCCAUCAAGUGGAUUAUACAUAUAGACAGUGUUCCAUCAGAUAGACUAUACAUAUAGACAGUGUUCCAUCAGGUAGACUACACACAUCAGUGUCCCAAACUCUAGUACUAGAAACCUUUAACUUGGUCCCAGAUCGCUUUGCCAAAUGACAAGAUCUGGGACCUGGCAAGGGUAAAACACUACCAUGUCUCAUUAAAGCUAUAGAGAAAGAGUCAGUUUAUGCAGACAAUAUGUGUUGCCUUUCCUUAUCUACAGGCUAAACAACAGAAAGCAGCUGCUGGCAGCAAGAAAGAGGAAGAGAAACAGGAAGAGAAACUGGUGGAUAACAUAGUAGACCAGGAUAAACAGAGAAGACUGGUGACUGAACAGGUACAGUAGAAUAUUAGAACAGAACAGGUACAGUAGACUAUUAGAACAGAACAGGUACAGUAGACUAUUAGAACAGGUACAGUAGACUAUUAGAACAGAACAGGUAUAGUAGACUAUUAGAACAGAACAGGUACAGUAGACUAUUAGAACAGAACAGGUACAGUAGAAUAUUAGAACAGAACAGGUACAGUAGACUAUUAGAACGGGUACAGUAGAAUAUUAGAACAGAACAGGUACAGUAGACUAUUAGAACAGAACAGGUACAGUAGACUAUUAGAACAGAACAGGUAUAGUAGACUAUUAGAACAGAACAGGUAUAGUAGACUAUUAAACAGAACAGGUACAGUAGACUAUUAGAACAGAACAGGUACAGUAGACUAUUAGAACAGAACAGGUAUAGUAGACUAUUAGAACAGAACAGGUAUAGUAGACUAUUAGAACAGAACAGGUAUAGUAGACUAUUAAACAGAACAGGUAUAGUAGACUAUUAGAACAGAACAGGUACAGUAGACUAUUAGAACAGAACAGGUACAGUAGAAUAUUAGAACAGAACAGGUACAGUAGACUAUUAGAACGGGUACAGUAGACUAUUAGAACAGAACAGGUACAGUAGACUAUUAGAACAGAACAGGUACAGUAGACUAUUAGAACAGAACAGGUAUAGUAGACUAUUAGAACAGAACAGGUAUAGUAGACUAUUAAACAGAACAGGUACAGUAGACUAUUAGAACAGAACAGGUACAGUAGACUAUUAGAACAGAACAGGUACAGUAGACUAUUAGAACAGAACGGGUACAGUAGACUAUUAGAACAGAACAGGUAUAGUAGACUAUUAGAACAGAACAGGUACAGUAGACUAUUAGAACAGAACAGGUACAGUAGACUAUUAGAACAGAACAGGUACAGUAGACUAUUAGAACAUAACAGGUAUAGUAGACUAUUAGAACAGAACAGGUACAGUAGACUAUUAGAACAGAACAGGUACAGUAGACUAUUAGAACAGAACAGGUACAGUAGACUAUUAGAACAGAACAGGUACAGUAGACUAUUAGAACAGAACAGGUAUAGUAGACUAUUAGAACAGAACAGGUACAGUAGACUAUUAGAACAGAACAGGUAUAGUAGACUAUUAGAACAGAACAGGUAUAGUAGACUAUUAGAACAGAACAGGUACAGUAGACUAUUAGAACAGGUACAGUAGACUAUUAGAACAGAACAGGUAUAGUAGACUAUUAGAACAGAACAGGUAUAGUAGACUAUUAGAAUAGAACAGGUACAGUAGACUAUUAGAACAGAACAGGUACAGUAGACUAUUAGAACAGAACAGGUACAGUAGACUAUUAGAACAGAACAGGUACAGUAGACUAUUAGAACAGAACAGGUACAGUAGACUAUUAGAACAGAACAGGUACAGUAGACUAUUAGAACAGGUACAGUAGACUAUUAGAACAGAACAGGUAUAGUAUACUAUUAGAACAGAACAGGUAUAGUAGACUAUUAGAACAGAACAGGUACAGUAGACUAUUAGAACAGAACAGGUACAGUAGACUAUUAGAACAGAACAGGUAUAGUAGACUAUUAGAACAGAACAUGUAUAGUAGACUAUUAGAACAGAACAGGUACAGUAGACUAUUAGAACAGAACAGGUACAGUAGACUAUUAGAACAGAACAGGUACAGUAGACUAUUAGAACAGGUACAGUAGACUAUUAGAACAGAACAGGUAUAGUAUACUAUUAGAACAGAACAGGUACAGUAGACUAUUCGAACAGAACAGGUACAGUAGAAUAUUAGAACAGAACAGGUACAGUAGACUAUUAGAACGGGUACAGUAGAAUAUUAGAACAGGAACAGGUACAGUAGACUAUUAGAACAGAACAGGUACAGUAGAACUAUUAGAACAGAACAGGUAUAGUAGACUAUUAGAACAGAACAGGUAUAGUAGACUAUUAGAACAGAACAGUACAGUAGACUAUUAGAACAGAACAGGUACAGUAGACUAUUAGAACAGAACAGGUACAGUAGACUAUUAGAACAGAACAGGUACAAUAGACUAUUAGAAACAGGUUUACAGUUAGAACUAUUAGAACAGAACAGGAGGUAUAGUAGACUAUUAGAAACAGAACAGGUACUAUUAGAACAGAACAGUACAGUAGACUAUUAGAACAGAACAGGUAAGUAGACUAUUAGAACAGAACAGGUAAGUAGACUAUUAGCAGACAGAAACAGGUAUAGUAGACUAUUAGAACAGAACAGGUACAGUAGACUAUUAGAACAGGUACAGUAGACUAUUAGAAACAUAACAGGUAUAGUGGGCCCAUUAAAAACGGGAACCCAGGUAUAGUAGACUAUUAGAACAGAAACAGGUACAGUAGACUAUUAGAAACAGAACAGGUACAGAAAGAUAUUAGAACAGAACAGGUACAGUAGACUAUUAGAACAGAAACAGGUAUAGUAGACUAUUGGGAACAAAAACAGGUACAGUAGACUAUUAGAAAGAAAGGUACAGUAGAUAUUAGAACAGAACAGGUAUAGUAGAUAUUAGAACAAAAACAGGUAUAGUAGACUUUUAGAACAGAACAGGUCCCGUAGACUAUUAGAACAGAACGGGUACAGUAGACUUUUUAGAACAGAACAGGCAAAGUAGACUUUUAGAACAGAACAGGUACAGUAGAAAUAUUAGAACAGAAAAAGGUACAGUAGACUUUUAGAACAGAACAGGUACAGUAGACUAUUAGAACAGAACAGGUACAGUAGACUAUUAGAACAGAACAGGUACAGUAGACUAUUAGAACAGAACAGGUACAGUAGACUAUUAGAACAGAACAGGUACAGUAGACUAUUAGAACAACAGGUACAGUAGACUAUUAGAACAGAACAGUAUCAGUAGACUAUUAGAACAGAACAGGCUAUAGAGACGAUUAGAACAGAACGUGCCAGUUAGACUAUUAGAACAGGUACAGUAGACUAUUAGAACAGAACAGGUAUAGUAGACUAUUAGAACAGAACAGGUACAGUAGACUAUUAGAACAGGUACAGUAGACUAUUAGAACAGAACAGGUAUAGUAGACUAUUAGAACAGGUACAGUAGACUAUUAGAACAGAACAGGUACAGUAGACUAUUAGAACAGGUACAGUAGACUAUUAGAACAGAACAGGUACAGUAGACUAUUAGAACAGAACAGGUACAGUAGACUAUUAGAACAGAACAGGUACAGUAGACUAUUAGAACAGAACAGGUACAGUAGACUAUUAGAACAGAACAGGUAUAGUAGGCUUAUGAGGAUUGUUGUGUGUCUGUUAUACCUACAGAAGCUCCUCUCUUUGGUGUAGUAUUGAUUAGUUACACACUUUGGUGUAUUAUUGAAUAGUUACACACUUUGGUGUAUUAUUGAUUAGUUAUGUUAUUGUUUGAAUGACCAGCUGAAGAGUCUAUUUAAGGAGCGUGAGCAGUUGGGUCAGGUCUACGGCAGAUCAGCAGGAGGAGAUCAGAGUGGAAGAGGAGGAGGUCGCUCACUGCAAGACUGGGUGCCGAAGUCGAAGGUCAUCAAGGUAAGCUCAGAUGUGUGUUUAUUGUAAGUGAGAGUCAAGACGGGGUUGAGCCAAUAUGAUAGCUGGGAAGGAUAAAAAUAGGUACUGAAGUUCAGUUGAUCCCAUGUACAGUACUGUAUAUGUAGUAAUUUACAGUACUGUAUAUGUAGUAAGUUACGGUACUGUAUAUGUAGUAAGUUACAGUACUGUAUAUGUAAUAAUUUACAGUACUGUAUAUGUAGUAAGUUACAGUACUGUAUAUGUAGUAAUUUACAGUACUGUAUAUGUAGUAAGUUACGGUACUGUAUAUGUAGUAAUUUAUAUGUAGGUAGUCACCUGGAAUGCAUUUCAAUUAACAGGUGUUCCUUCUUAAAAGUUAAUUUGUGGAAUUUAGUUAUUCUACAAUGUAAAAAAUAGUAAAAAUAAAGAAAAACCUUGAAUGAGUAGGUGUGUCCAAACUUUUGACUGGUAGUGUAUGUAGCAGCUAUAUGUAGUAGGUAUAUGUAGCAGGUAUAUGUAGCAGGUACUCUACAAGUCAAAAUUCCGGACACACCUACUCAUUCAAGGGUUUUUCUUUAUUGAUUAGUUUUUUUUACAUUGUAGAAUAAUAGUGAAGACAUCAAAACUAUGUAAUAACACAUAUGGAAUCAUGUAGUAACCAAAAAAGUGUUAAACAAAUCAAAAUAUGUUUUAUGUUUGAGAUUCUUUAAAUAGCCACCCUUUGCCUUGAUGACAGCUUUGCGCACUCUUGGCAUUCUCUCAACCAGCUUCACCUGGAAUGCUUUUCCAACCGUCUUGAAGGAGUUCCCACAUAUGCUGAGCACUUGUUGGCUGCUUUUCCUUCACUCUGAGGUCCGACUCAUCCCAAACCAUCUCAAUUGGAUUGAGGUCGGGGGAUUGUGGAUGCCAGGUCAUCUGAUGCAGCACUCCAUCGCUCUCCUUCAUGGUAAAAUAGCCCUUACACAGCCUGGAGGUGUGUUGGGUCAUUGUCCUGUUGAACAACAAAUGAUAGUCCCACUAAGCCCAAACCAGAUGGGAUGGCGUAGGGCUGCAGAAUGCUGUGGUAGCCAUGCUGGUUAAGUGUGCCUUGAAUUAUAAAUACAUCUCAGACCGUGUCACCAGCAAAGCACCAUAACACCUCCUCCUCCAUGCUUUACGAUGGGAACUACACAUGCGGAGAUCAUCCGCUAACCCACACCGAGUCUCACAAAGACACGGCGGUUGGAACCAAAAAUCUCCAAUUUGGACUCUAGACCAAAGGACAAAUUUCCACUGGUCUAAUGUCCAUUGCUCGUGUUUCCUGGCCCAAGCAGGUCUCUUCUUCUGAUUGGUGUCCUUUAGUAGUGGUUUCUUUGCAGCAAUUCGACCAUGAAGGCCUGAUUCACACAGUCUCCUCUGAAUAGUCGUUGUUGAGAUGUGUCUGUUACUUGAACUCUAUGAAACAUUUAUUUGGGCUGCAAUUUCUGAGGCUGGUAACUCUAAUGAAUGUAUCCUCUGCAGCAGAGGUAACUCAGGGUCUUCCAUUCCUGUGGCGGUCCUCAUGAGAGCCAGUUUCAUCAUCGCACUUGAUGGUUUUUGCGACUGCACUUCUAGAAACUUUCAAAGUUCUUGAAAUUUUCCGGAUGACUGACCUUCAUGUCUUAAAGUAAUGAUGGACUGUCUUUCUCUUUGCUUAUUUGAGCUGUUCUUGCCAUAAUAUGGACUUGGUCUUUUACCAAAUAGGGCUAUCUUCUGUAUACCCCCCCUACCUUGUCACAACACAACUGAUUGGCUCAAACGCAUUAAAAAUGAAAUAAAUUCCACAAAUUAACUUUUAAGAAGUCACACCUGUUAAAUGAAAUGCAUUCCAAGUGACUACCUCAUGAAGCUGGUUGAGAAAAUGCCAAGAGUGUGCAAAGCUGUCAUCAAGGCAAAGGGUGGCUAGUUGAAGAAUUUCAAAUCUCAAAUAUAUGUUGAUUUGUUUAACACUUUUUUGGUUACUACAUGAUUCCAAAUGUGCUAUUUCAUAGUUUUGAUGUCUUCACUAUUAUUCUACAAUGUACAAAAUAGUAAAAAUAAAGAAAAACCCUUGAAUGAGUAGGUGUGUCCAAACUUUUGACUGGUAGUGUAUGUAGCAGGUAUAUGUAGCAGGUAUACUAUAUGUAGGAGGUAGCAGGUAUAUGAGUGUCUUGCUUUUCAGUCCUUCUCCUCUUUCUACCAAUUCAGAACUCCCUUGACCCACUACACAGCCAGAGGAAGAGAGAGAAGGAGGUGAUGAGGGAGCAGCAGCAGGGAGCAGGACUGGGGCCUGUGUCUGAGGAGCAGGAAGAGGAGGAGGACCCAGAGAGGGAGGAACUAGAGAGGGAGGUGGAGGAGGAGGUGACUCGCCUUAGGGAGGUACUCCACUGCAAGACCCACAUGGUAGGAAAUCCUUCAAAUAUGUAGUGUGACUGCAUUUAUGCAGUGUUUAUGAAUACUUAAUGAAUGACCCUAUAAAGCCUUUAGUUUAUACUGCUUUUUAUGACAGGCCUUAAUAAUGCCACCCCCGGGUGCUUACUAUACUAACUGAGUGAUAAAUUAGCAUCUGGACCCAACAUGCAGAAACUAAUAUCAUUCAUGGCAGCAUGAUAUUGCAUGUAGCAGCUUACGCACUGAAAUUAAAUUACGCACUGAUGUGCCCCUAACUUGCAAGUCAUCCAGCAGAUUUCACCUCGACAUAUAAACACACAUAUGUGCAGACUUAGUUAAUCCUGGCUUCUGUCUUAAUCAAACACACACAGAGACAGAGACAGAGACAGAGACAGAGACAGAGAGAGUGUCAGUCCAUAAUCACUCCUCUGUGAAAUGCAGCACAACGAUCAUCUCACAUAUGACGCUCGCUAUACUGGGAUGAAUAAUCCCAUUUGUGGCUGAGGAAACUGGCAUGAUGAUUCCUUUGCCAUACACUCUUUUGAAAAAAAGGUGCUAUCUAGAACCUAAAAAGGGUUAUUCGGCUGUACCCAUAGGAGAACCGUUUGAAGAACCCUUUUUGGUUCCAGGUAGAACCCUUUUGGUUUGAAGUAGAACCGUUUUGGGUUCCAUGUAGAGGGUUCUACCUGGAACCAAAAAGGGUUUUACCUGGAACCAAUGGGGACAACCAAAGAACCAUUUUGGAACCCUUUUUUCUAAGAGUGUAGAAAGCCUGGUCAAAUUAAAGGAGCAGAUCUGUAGCUUCAACCUUUAGUUCAGCCUAAAAACCCAACCGUUUCCCUCCCAUACCAGAUGUCAGGCAUGAGUGUGGAAAUCAGCAAUCUGAAAGAGAGAAAUGAGAACCUCCAGAAAGGUGAAAGAUGUGAAUGAAUCAGUGCAAUGAUCCCAUUAUAAAUCUAUCUAGGCUGCUGAUCGUGAUCUGUGGUCCCACUGCUGUGUGUGGGGGAGAGAGAGCUCAGUGGGAAUGAUGCUUUGGGAUUAGGUAGCUGGCAGUGUGUUUACAGCUGGCAGAUUUGGAAUGGUUUCAGAUUGCAGUUUGCUAACCCUGGCUAUGCCUAACCCUAACCUUACCUUAACCAUACCGCAAUCAAUUUCUAUCCCUAUGAUUAGCCUUAACCAUUGGAUCUGCUGGCUGAAUAUUCACUUCUUGGGAUUAAUGUGUGUCCUUAAAAUACAUGUGCUUAUGUCAUCCAGAACAGGGGCAUACCGGUUCAUAACAACCACUUCCAUAACUGGAUUAGUACAGUAUAAUUGUCUGUUUUGUAGCUUUGUAAGCAUUUGGCAAUCAAACUGAGAUAAAGUAAUCCAAAAAUGCCCAGGCUUCCUUCCAAGUUUGAGUUUGUUUGUUUUUCUGGAUAUAUUAAAGUGUACGUACGGGUGAAGAGAACUUAGAGAGGACAACACAUGAAACAAUCUCAGCGCCCACAACCACAUUUUGAGACUACACAGGAAAGCAUUACAGCACUUAUUUCCCAUGGUGUGCUUCCAGGUUGAAACAAGCAUUACGACAUCACUUGACCAUGCCCUCCCUCAGAGUGGUUGUGGGUAAGCCUCUGUUCUGGAUCUACGCUGUUUCUCUGACCUUUGAAAUGGCUUCGGCAAUGUUCAUGUGUGGGUCUGACAACAUUACAAAACAGACCGUAAUCUACUGAACUGAAAAAAUCAUUUCAAUCGUUGAAUUAAUCUGAUUCCCAAUCUGAUUCCAUGUGUGCUGUUAUGUUGACCUCACCUAACCAAGCGAGGUCACAGUAAAACCCAGAGGAAGGUCUUAAUGCCCGAAAAUGCAUAGCUGUCUUUAAAAUGAUCAAUGCCCGUUACAUCUAAAAUCCACUUGGGUGCUUGGACCUUGGACUUUUUCCAACUACACAACACUUUUAGUUGGGUUUGAUUUCCAUGUUGUCCUGACCCAGCCAAGCUAAGGUUUCAGCCGCAGAUCCAGGGGUUGGGUGCCACAGCGUCUAACUCGUCAGACAAGACCACGUCAGCGAGCGGAGUGCCUCUUCUAUCGGAUCGUCCCAUGGAGAGAGACAUGCAGCGGGGAUCAUCAUCACCACCACCACCCCCCCGCUGGGAAGAUGGACUGUUCCUGGCUAGACAGGUGCAGAUCGGCAGCCCUGAAUUGGAGGAAGAGGAAGAGGAAGAUGGAGGCUGUGGCUAAGGCAUACUACAGGCGGGUGAUACCUGGUCCUAAUUCGCUCCCUACCCCUUCCCCUUGGCCCCAACUACUCCAAGGUUUUCAGAUCUGAAGCGUCUUUAUACGUAUAAAAGCAGUGUAGUCGUAGAUCUUCCACUAUAUUGCUCACAUCCUACAGCUCUGCAAACAUCGAAGCUAAUGGAGUCCGUCUUUGUGUGAAGUCUUACUUUAGCCACCAAGUGAUACAAAUCCAAAGUCUUACAGACCAGUGUUAAUGUCAAUAUACUGAUUAGUGGUUAUACAUGUGGUGCUUUUGUUGAUGAUUAUGAGGAGACAAGGAGGUGAAAUGUGUUCCAUUUAUAAUAAUGAGAUGAUGACAACGGAUGAUGAUUUUCUGUAUGACAUUGUCGCUAUACAAGCUGGAAAAAGCUAAGGAUCCAGAUGCAUUCCUAAAGGCCUGUUUAUUAGUAGCAAUGUUAAUGUGGCUAAUACAUUAAAACUAACGUUAACCACAUACAGCAUAACGUUUCUGGAG